GAGUGUUUCAAUGGCCUGGAAUACUGAAUAUGGUGCACUUCAAGUGGCCAAUUAUUGCCUUCCACACAAUGUUCCUUCGCGGAGCUUGAAGCAUGAUACGGCACGCCAGCGUGAGCUACAAGACGGCCAUGUAGUCCCAAGGCGAUAUGAACACUUUUUGCGAUCAUCAUACGUCACCAAAAGCGCGACCGUGAAAAGUUCCCAUCAUUAUGGCUACCAAUGGUAUCGUCAAAGACCUCGACUUCUCGAGCUUUCGUAACGUUAUCGACGGCAAACUGACCGAUACAAAAUCCACGAGGCGUGCCAUCAACCCAGCCACGAAUGAACAGCUCUGGCCCUGCCCCGUCUCAACACCGCAGGAUGUGGACGCAGCCAUCCAAGCAGCCCGCACGGCUUUCAAAAGCUGGAGUAAAACCCCUCUGGAGCAUAGAAAAGCGCAGUUGAUGGCCCUUUCUGCCGCGUUCACAGCUUUGAAAUCGGAAUUUGGCGAAUUGCUGACGAAGGAGCAAGGCAAAGCGACUUUCUUUGCCGAACAAGAGGUCGAUUUUGGGGCAUAUUGGCUUGCUGGAACUUGCGCGCUCGAGAUGCCGUUUGAGGUCGUUGAUGAUACGCCUGACAAGCUGGUCAAGACUCGUUACACCCCGCUCGGAGUUGCAGUCGGCAUCGUUCCCUGGAACUUCCCCAUCAUGCUGCUUUGCGGUAAAAUCGCCCCUGCCGUCAUGACAGGAAAUUGCAUCAUCGUCAAACCUUCGCCGUUUACACCCUACUGUGGAAUCAAGCUCGUUGAGCUUGCGCAGAAGUUCUUCCCUCCCGGUGUGAUUCAGGUCCUCAGCGGUGAUGACAGUCUUGGUCCCUGGCUUACUGCCCACGCCGGUAUCGACAAGAUCAGCUUCACAGGCUCUACGGCAACAGGCAAGAGGGUAAUGGAGAGCGCCAGCAAGACCCUUACUCGAGUUACGUUGGAGCUGGGAGGAAACGACCCUGCCAUCAUCUGCUCAGACAUUGAUAUUGCGACCGUGGCCCCUCAGAUCGCGGCAAUGGCUUUUAUGAACUCGGGCCAAAUUUGCAUCGCGAUCAAGCGCAUCUAUGUCCACAAAGACAUCUAUAUCCCAUUCCGUGACGCCUUCGUCGAAUGCGUCAAGGCCUUCAAGGUCGGAAAUGGCUUUGAGAAGGAUGUCUUUCUGGGUCCCGUCCAAAAUAAAUUGCAAUACGACCGCGUCAAAACCUUCCUCGACGACGUCAACUCUUCCGGCCAGAAAAUUGCAACCGGUGGGCAGGUCAUUGACACGGAUACAUCUGGUCUUUUCAUCCAGCCAACCGUUAUCGACAACCCCUCCGAUGACAGUAAGAUUGUUGUGGAAGAGCCGUUUGGGCCGGUAGUCCCUCUUUUGCAAUGGUCAGAGGAAGACGAAGUUCUCGCAAGAGCCAAUGACACUGACAUGGGGCUGGGUGCUUCGGUUUGGUCCAAAGAUAUCGACAGGGCACUUCGCAUUGGUGAAUCCUUAGAGGUGGGCAGUGUAUGGAUCAACGAGCAUUUGGGCAUCAAACCUACAGCAACGUUUGGAGGUCAGAAGCAAAGCGGGAUUGGUCGCGAAUGGGGCCUUGAUGGGUUACGAGGCUACUGCAAUACGCAGACCGUAUUCCUCAACCAUCGUCGUUCGUAAACAGCAUUCGCAAUACCAUACACCAGUGCCCACUCUUCAACAACCAAACAAACACAAAUAUCUAUACAUAUCAAUAAUUCGACCUACGUGAAUAGUUUCGAGAC